AUGUCGCGAGAAGCCUGGGGCUAUAUUUUUGCUACCGUACUCUUUACUGUUAUGGGAGGCGCAUCAUUCUUUGGUCAGAUUAUCCAGACGGCCCUCCCAGAGCUUCAGCAAACAAAUAACGCCCCUGAGGACUACUUGGAGCAUCAACCGGAGGUCUUUUAUCACGGCCGAGGCAAGUUCAGUGCCCAUGAUCGCUUGCACCGCAAAUACGGCAUCUGUUGUGACCAAGAAUGGCACUGUAUAUCUUGUGUUAAUCUUCAGGCUGAGGAAGUUCGAGUUCUUGUGAAGAUGCGUUACAAUGAGCUUGACAGGAGAAUGAAAGAAGCUCUUACGAAGUGUGAGGAGCGGGGAGUCGACUCUUAG